AUGAAAACAGAAUUUUGCCCUAGUUCGUGGGCUUCUUUAUGUCUUUUAUCUGCGUACUGAUAACGGUUGAAUUACUCAUCGUUCACUAAUUAACUUAAAUUGUUUGUGAUCUUUUAAAAAUUUCAAAUACCGUAAAAUGGCGCUUAUAAAUAUUGAUGGCGAUCCAUGGCUUAGUGAUCUUGACGCCUGUGAACGCUUGAGCAAUGAAAUUCAAUCGCAGCUGGUGGCCCGUAAUCGAGAGAAUCAACUAUCUCGUGAGUAUUCGUCCAUAUCCGGUCAGGUAAGGGUGCGGCUAAAGCAAUUCGGAUCAGAACUUGAGCAGCUAAAUAAAAAACUCGGCUACAUAUCCGUUUCGCUUACCGCGGCCGAAGCGGAACGGCGACAACGUCAAGUGGAAGCACUACAGUCAAAGCUCGUGCAGCUGCAGCGCCAAUUUAGCACGGUGGAAGCUUCCGCUGAGAGAGCUAGCCUUUUCGCCUCAGGCAACAACCGCUUGUUUGACGAUGACGAUGACGAUCCGGCGCUAAUCAGACCGGAGUCUAGCUAUACGGUGUCAGACUUGAGAGCACAACAAACACGAAUCCUAGAAGACCAAAACGAGGGCUUGGAAGCGUUGUCAAAGGUGAUUUCUCGACAGAAAGUACUUGCUACCCAAAUCGGCAGCGAAGUAGAUCGGCAUAAUGAAAUCUUAGACAACCUGGCAGAUACUAUGGAAACUACAGACGCUCGAUUGAAUCGCGAGACUCGUCAAAUCGGUGUCGUUACGGUGCAAGAUUCCACUUGGGGCUAUUGGAUGAUCAUUGGCAUUUUGGCAGCUGCGAUAAUCAUUGUAGCAAUCCUUUAGCUGUUGAUGCUUGGUUUUUUGGUCGAAGGUACCAGUAGAUCAGAAAACAAUGUUUUUGUUUAAAGAGAUGUGGUUUGUUCUAACUGUAAAUGGGUACUAACAGUGGUAAACCUAUCUAGAACGUGUAAUCUUUGUUCCAUGUAUUUUUUUAUCAGCAAUAACCUUCAACUAUGCAUGAACCGAAUGAAUUGAAAUCAAGUUUUUUGAACCAUCCGGGUGCAAAAACAUAUGUAUAUGCUAUCAUUAUUAUUACGCUCGCAAAAUUGUAUAAUAACUACUAAAAUAAGAUACUGAAAUGAUUUGUGAAUAUACGAUUCAGGUGAUAAUCUAACUCGAUGAGUAUUUUGAAAUUCCUGGAAAUUUCUCGAUAAUAAAAACACCCGUUUGUCAGAAUCAAUGAUC